AUGUUAGUGUUCAAGCGAUACUUCGUCUCCGAUCCACCUAGGCAUGUUGGCAAUGGCAGUUCGGUCCAAAGCCGAAGAUCGGUCGUCCCAAGCUUCGCCGAACCUCAACGGCUAGGUAGCGAUAAACCCUCACCACCUACAACCACCAAAAGUCUUCCUAUCACGCAACCUCACCCACCGCAUGCGCAAUACUUUCUCCCCACCAGCUGCCAAUCCUACCCCCGACCCCAAUUGGCCGCUCUGUCCCCUACCCAACGGCCCAGCAUGAACACAAUCUCCCCCCCACCACAAUUCAAGCGAAUAUCCGGCCCCAAGCGCGCCCUGGGCGUCGUAGUCGGCAUAUCCCUCGGUCUGGGCGCAAACGUGCUUCUGGCCUACAGCACCGCGAGCUUCUACACGCGCUCGACGAAAUUCGUGCCCUUCGAUGUCUCCUCACCCGACCUCACCACGUCUACCUUUCGCAAACACAACCCCGCUGGUAAUCCCCCGGUCACCAUUGACCACGCGGUCAAGGGGAUUCCGUAUGGCAAGCUGCCGCAAAAGUAUUGGAUUACGGGGCGGGAUGGACGAAUCAGUGUGGAUAGGGCGCAAUUGACGACGGAUUUUUGCAGGGGGGUGUGGGGAGGACUUGCGUAUAGGGUGCAGCGGAGGUAUUUGGAGAGGAAGUACCGGGCGCUGCCAGGACGAGAGGGACAGCUUUGGGAUGCGAAGGAGUUGCAAAAGAGCGAUUACGGAGUUGGCACCAAGAUAACGGAUCAUUUCGAGGUGGUGGAGCACAGCGAUGACAAGGUGAUUGUGCGAUGUGGAGACUCGCCAUUGAACCAGGACCCUCGACCCUCGGACGGCUUGUUUUCGAUGGAGGUUAGCACCGACGACGACGCACAAAUGGCGACCUUCCAUCUCAAGUCGCUGUUUGUGGACACGACACCAGAGGGCAAAAAUUCGCAGCCGCUGCCGUGGAACUUUCAAUAUGCGCAUCGCUGGUACACAAAGCUGUGGAUGGAGAGUGCAACGCGGAAGUUGUUGAAAGAUGCUUAG